AUGAAGCCUACUGGCCUCUUUGACGUUGGAGAGCAACCGACUCUCCAGGGGAAUCAGGGCCGGCGAGCGGCUACUGUGCUUUCCUACAGUCUUUAUGGUGAUAGUAGUGGACUUGUAGCGUCGUUUUUUCGUAUAAUUCAUCAAGCACUCGCAUUGCAACAAAUUGAAAUAGAAUCCCUUCCAGUUUCCCAAGCAGAACGAGAAAGCACGUCCUUCAAACAGUGGGUUCCCCUGUUAACUCGUGCGCUACAGCAGGAAAUAACUGACAUUGGAAUUAGCAGCCUUGUUGAUAACUUUUUCUCAGCCGAAAAUGAACGAGAUUCAAUCUCUGCUCUUCUCAAAAGCUUACCCCCAACGAUCUAUAAUUUCCUUUUUGCACGUCCCACAACGUGCUCUACAUGUGGCAACACCACUAAUAUAGAGCCCCUUCUCUUUUUGGCUGAAGGAGAAAGCAUUGAAUCCCGGCUACAACGGGCUACCAAUUGCAGUGUCUGUGGAGCUAACAGUCCUGAGUCAGCUUUGCAGGGGUUGAUGCAGUGUGUCUGCCUACCACGUGGUUACGCUCACUCGAUCCCUAUGAGGCCUCCGUCUUCUCCUAGCGUUCUAUUGGGGGCCGUUAUAACAGUUAGUAAUGGGUAUUAUCUAUGUACCUUUAUAAACCCUCACAUUAUUACAGGGCAGACGGCAAACAUCGUCAAGGAUCGCUACUUUCUCCUGUAUGCUCCUCAUGAUUCUCCUCUUAGGAGCAUGCCUGGGAGCAGAGCUGCAGAACUAACUUAUCUUAAGUACAGAAAAGUUAAACGGUAUAUAGAUUCUCCAGCAUCGUCUUCAGAAGCGGCCUUGUUGGGCUUGCCUGUGUAUGCCAUUUACUUUGAUAUAAGUGUCCUUACAAGUACAGUACGAGAUCACCUUUAUGCUAUAUUCACAGAAGAAUCACAACCCAUACAAGCAGAGCAUACGGUUUCCUCCAAUACAGAGCCAGUUCCAAAGAUGCUAGCUCCAGACUUGCCAUCUAUCUUUGAAAUACCAGUUAUCAACCUGCAGGAUCGGUAUUCUUUUUCUAGAUAUGAAGAAGAAAGCUCAGAGAAGCACACAGCUGUCGAAAAAGCUGUUGUGGCAUCUCCCUCCGUUAGCGUCCCACCGUUUCAGCAACCAGAAGUAACAUAUGUGUCCACACAGCGAUACUGCCAGGAUUGCCGCGAUCACUGGAUUAUCUACCUCUUACUUGCUGGUCUUUUAUUGGUCAUCAUAAUCCUAUUUGCUUUAGUGAUUCGGUUUUACCUAAAGUUUGAUAAUCUGGUAGUUACUAAUCUUCUUGUUACGCGGCGUGCAUUUCUGGGAUUUUCUGACUGGAACUCUCCAGACAUACCUAGAGAUCAGUUGGUCACCAACGAUACAAGCUCAAGCAGUGCUACGCAAAACUACACUCUUGUUACAACACGAGGCCUUUCCUCGUGGACCAUUACAGAUAACCUGAUAGGGAAUGGUGCGUUCCAAGCAAAAGAUAAUAAGGGUAUCACAAUCCAAGAGCUUCAUGCAAAUGAGGCUAACUUUAGCUCACUAAAGGUACAGAAUCUUUUAUUUAAUCGUAGUCUUAGUCCAGAUGCUACUGCAACGUCUACUCGCCUCUGGAUCCACGAUCUAUGGACAGAUUUGGCCACGGUUAGUGACAUACUGACAACAACCAACCUGACCGUCACAAAUGACGUAACUACUGAGGCUUCUACACUUCCCGUUGAGGUGUCCAAAACUGUUACUGCAAAUAUCAUUUCACAGCUCAGCGCCUUAACCAUAAGCUCUCCAACGGGCUAUCACAAGAUUAUCUCUGGGCCUGCAGCCCUUACUAUCCCCAAUGGACAGUUUACCUUUUCAGCCACCUCUUCUAUUAAAGAUCUUGAUCUUAUAACGGGAUAUUUCCAAUUCACUGGCAAAACGACCAUCACCACGAUGAUUAGCAAGAACCUAAUUGUUAACCUACUUGAUCUAGGGAAAAUGGACAGCAGAAGCAAUAUUACUGUAACCUCACUCAAUGUAGGAGACGUCAAAAUGGAUAGUAGCGGGGUAACUUCAGGAUCUGGUUCUUUCAGUAUCAAAUCAACUGCUACUGGAGUCCCACCAAGUACGCUAACACUUACAGGGGACCUGGGCCAAGGAGCUUUGACUGUCCAGCAAAGCACUACUGCGGCAGGGUGCACAUGUGGCGUAGCACCUAAUUAG